AUGAGAAUCCAACGGCCUCUCCAUCUCCUACUAUCCCUCGUCUUCUUGGCAGCCGCAUUCUCAGCGGCCACCGUCGUAGAAAACGGAGGAACCACCAGUAGUGACGACAACACUGAUUUCAUACGGACGAGUUGCAACACCACGCUCUACCCGAAAGUCUGCUACAGUUCCCUCUCUCGGCACGCCAAUGCUGUCCAACAGAACCCUGGCCAGCUGGCUCGCGUCGCCAUAGCCGUUAGCCUCUUGAAGGUCCAAAGCGCAGCUUCCUACCUCUCCAACCUCACUCUCAAAGCCGGCAACUCGCCCGCUGCCAAGGAGGUCCAUGACUGCUUCUCGAAAUUAGACGACGCCGUCGACCAAAUCCGCGACUCACUGAAGCAGAUGCGGCAGAUAGGAUCCUCCGGCGUCGGCGCCGGUGAUGGCACCAGCUCGUUCCGAUUCCAGAUGAGCAACGUGCUGACGUGGAUGAGCGCGGCAAUCACCAACGAGGGGACGUGUAUGGACGGAUUAAACGACGUAUCGGAGGGUCCGGUGAAGACGGAUGUAUCCCGUCGGGUGACGAAGGUGAAGAAGAUAACAAGCAAUGCUUUGGCGCUUGCCAAUAGCUAUAGCAACAAGGGAAUGCCUUGA